CGUACUUAUUUCGUUUCGUUUCUGUUCUUGGUGUUGUUAAAACAUAGCAUGGACUAGUACAUUCUUAUAAAGAAACAUGAAGUUGGAUAAAUUAGUAAUAUCAAGAAAGUAGUUACUUUGUUAGUGUGAGAUUAAUUAGACAAACUAUUUACAGAUGGACUGGAGAUUCAUUCUAUCACAUUUAAUUGUGACUUGCCUAGAACGUUGUCUGUCCAUUCCCUGCUUUCCACAAGAUAAUGAUUCGCUCCUAUUAGAUGGACAGUGUUACAAAAUUUUUUACACGAUGUUAAACUGGCAAGACUCACAGAUGGAGUGUUUCAAAAAUUUUUUCAGAGGGAUUCUAGCGGAACCGAGGACGAAUGAUGAAAUUGACAAGCUAUGGAAUUUACUAAAAUCCAAAAGUAUCAACACAGCAUGGAUAGGAGCCAAUGACAUCAAUAAGGAAAGUAACUUCAUCUGGUCAUCUGAUAACAGUUCCUUUCUGAAUAGCACUUGGAUGUUGUCUCAGCCAGAUGACAGUGGUAAAAAUGAAGACUGCGUGGAGAUUAGGACCGACAGAGAAUCCAAAUACACAAAUGACAACCAGUGUACAGUGCGUUCCCAUCACCUGUGUCAAAUAGCUAUUACUAAUACCGACUAUAGACUCUACGUGGCCGCCAUACCUGGACAGUCUAACUUAAAACAUGGGCUACUUCAAGUGACAUCUAACUCCACUGAUGUCAUCCAUGUCAGGUGCAAAGUCCAAUACACCCAAAACGUUGAGAAUAUAACGAUCUUGUUUCUCCUUCCAGGAACAGCUGCCAACUUUAAUUUAGAGAAAAAUGUUUUUCUAGCAUCAACAGAUGUGUAUUCUCGGUACGUCGAGGUCAACUCAAGUCAACCAGUAACCAUAGUUUUGUAUAUAAAGGACCAAUCAUGGAUCAGUUCAACUUUAGUGUAUCCUGUGAGGAUGUACUCACAAGAAUCAAUGUCAACAUCUUAUCAUCUCCAAGCACCAUCUUCUCAUUUAAAAAGUAACAGAUUGUUGUAG